AUGUUCAUAGAAAGCAUGAAUCAGCCUAUAACCAACUGGCUCAAUCUCAACUAUGCUGCAUGCAAGGAAAACUCCAUCCCGCGGUGCAUUAUAUACCAGCACUACUGCGAAGACUUCAAACAAAAGGGAAUUGAGCCCCUAAACACUGCGAUGUUUGGCAAGGUCAUUAAAAUGGCCUUUCCCUUCAUCCGCAGCAGGCGCCUUGGGAACAGAGGAAACUCAAAAUACCACUACUUUGGGGUGGCUGCAAAGGGGACUAUUAUUAAUAACGUUGAAAAGGAAACACAAACCGAGAAAAUUUUCAUCCAAAGGUACGGGGAAAUGCACAAGCUCGCACACGACAGCUUUAUUGGCGGAAAGUACAUGAAAGCAUACCAGGAAAUGAAGUCCUUCUGGGCAGAAAACAUUGCGACCUUUGCCACAAGCAGGAACAUAGAGAGAGUCUGCAACCUAAUCGAAAGAGAGUUCUUUGGAAUGCUUCUAUCCAAGGCGAUCAGCACCGAUUCCAUCUUGGAUCUAAAUCGAGAAGUAGCGCCUGAAAGCAUCACAUUCGUUAAAACCACAGCUAAAACCAUAAUUCUCAUGUGCAGACAGAUAUAUCCCCUUACAAAUACGCGGGGAGUCCUCCUGCGAAUGGACUGCUACAAACAGUAUGCAGCUGUGCUCAACAGCGUAGGAAACAUACAAAAGUAUGUGAAUGUUCUUCAGACCAAAUACCCUGCGCGGCUGGAAUUAGAGGAGUACCGCAGUUUUAUCUCCACAGGGCUGUGCAUAGUGCACGAUAGCAUCUCUCUAGACAAAAGCAGCUUGAUACACGCAUGCGCCACUAGCCUCAUUUCCCUGUAUAUGUCCUCCAGCACUUUCCAGGAGUUUCUUGCGGAUGUAGAUAGCCAUGUCACGAGUCUUCUGUACAGAAAAGAAAAGAUUCCACAGGACUUGGUUGCUCUGUACUUCUCGGGGCUUCUUCAGGAGUGUGUGGCCUUUGGCCUUCCCUGCACUGACUUCAUUGUUUCUCUGUUUAGUUUUUUCUCGGAGCAUUUCUCCCUUGUAAAUAGCAGUCUGUGCGAGCUUUCCUUGAAAAGAAGAGAGUCUGUCUCUUCGCACGUAGCGGUAGCUGAUGCCCCCAUAGAAGAAAAAUCGUUUGUAUCAAAGAUCAUAAAACAGUGCUAG